AUGCAGGGGAAUAAUGUUGUUGCCACAGCAGGGACGACUCAUCCAGCAUGCGCUGCAUGCAAGCACCAAAGGAAGAGGUGCACCGAAGGCUGCAUUUUGGCACCCUAUUUUCCUGCACACAGAAGCAGGGAAUUUCAAGCUGUUCAUAAACUUUUUGGUGUCAGCAAUGUGACAAAGAUAGUGAAAAGCCUCAAGGAGGACGACCGGAAAAUGGCGGUGGAUUCGCUGGUGUGGGAAGCUUCCUGCAGACAAAAAGAUCCGGUUUUGGGUCCUUAUGGAGAGUACAGAAAGGUGUCUGAGGAGCUCAACAUGUUCAGAGGCCAAAACCAAAAUCAGUUGAUGCAAUUGCCAGGGCAAUGGGGUAGCAUAGGCUACAAAAUGGCCCCGGCAGCGGCAGCCGGUUUGAUGGGAUGGAAUGGGAGUAAUGGGAUAAACAGCAAGGCAUUCAGUAUUGGUGGAGGAGUGAUUGGAAACAUUUUGAACACAUCAAGUUACUGUCUUGAUAAUGGGAAUAAUGGGACAGUUGAUUCUAUUCCGUAUGGUAAUUAUCCUUUGAAUUGUGAAGAUAGAGUACUAAAGCAUGAAAAAGAAGUUGGUUCUGGUGGUGUUCCAUUGCAGCAGAACUCCAUCACUUCUGGAGUUGACCAUCAAUACUAUCUUCCAGGUAAUUUCCAAUCUCUUGAUUCUCUAUGUAAUUUGAAUACAUUUUAG